GUCGUUGACUCACGCCAUUGCUCUUGUUCGCUUUCUGAGAUGUACGGACCUCGAGCUUGGGAAAAAGACCCCGCUAGGCGGUUUGGCCCACCUGGAAGGUUUCCGAGAAGGCGUUCUCGAUCGCCGCCGCCACCUGUAGGUGAACGUUAUCCAUUUGGGGAACCUUUUCCUGUCCCACCGGUGCGUCCAGCUCCCGGAUCUUCCCCAUACGAUCGCGCCAUGCGCCCCGCUGAGCCUCCUUUUGGUGUCCGAUCUAGGCCUGAGGUCUACGGGGCUUAUGAUGGUCGUCCACCGUAUCGUGACAUUAAUGACGACGGAUAUUAUAACGGUCUUCGGCGCGGAGUUGACCGAGCCCCGAUGGACAGACGUGCAAUGGAACGAAGUCCUCUGCGCUAUGAUAAACGUGCUGCUGUUGUUGAGCGUAAUGAUUUCAGGCCACCAAGGUACAUGAUGAACGAUGUUCCUGAUCAAUACCCACGUGAACCUCGGCGCCGAGAUUUUCCUUCACCGAGUCGUGGUCUUGGGAUGCCCGUUCAUCCGCGAUUUUCGAGGGAGACUGGGUGAACUGCUCGAGCGAAAGUGUAACCAGACUCGAUUCGCACCCGAAUGCUUGUUCCGUAUGCGAAUGAAUUCGGAUGACCAGCUGUGCUCCGUCGAUAACGCGUGCCACACUGGGUUCUGAACUCGAUCAUUCCAGAGACCGGAACUGAAAUGCGUGUUCUGUAGUGGACGCAUUCACCUUGGCUCUCUCAUCAGACUCGAAUUCCCAGGUAUCAGCAUGGGCCGAAAUAAGAAGUUCCCUCUGUGUUUCGCUCUAUUGUGGCAGCCAAAGAAUAGCGGUUUGCGAUAACGAUCGGUGUUUCUCACUUCAGACCGUACGGACAAACUUUUGCAAUUGUCUGCAGUGAUGCCCUCUUUCUCAUCUGUGGUGGACACGCAUUACAUAUAUCUGCUCUCUCGAACGUUCGUCCUGUUUACAAUGAACUACUUUCUGCACAGUGAUCAGGUCGCAUCAAGAGAACUCUCGGGUGA